CUGGGUGUGAAGAUGGCGGACGGGGAGGCCCAGCACGACUGUUUUCCUGCUGGUGAUUUUAGUGAAACGAUUAGAAAACUCUCGCGGCGAUUAGAAAAACUCCAAGAAGUUUUGGUUAUAAAAAGUGUUGAUUCUCCGUUCCAGUCCUCAUCUGAAUAUUGUCAUGAAUUUUGUUCGACGCUGUUGGAGUGUGCGGGCUGCUGGAGGAUCGAGGAGGAGCCUUUGCCAGUGGUGCAGGUCUACAUAGUUGCUCUGCUGAGUUAUGCCCGGGCAUCUCCAUAUCUGUCCCCGCAGUGUGACAGUGUUUCUCUUGUGGCUGAGAGGCUCUCACUAAGCUUUGUAGAGCUUUUGCUUUCAACGAAGGACAUUCCAGAUGUUUUAUGGAAAGAAUUGAAGUCAUCUGUGCAGGUUGCACACAGCAAACUUCUGGAGAGUGGAAUAACCCAGUUCUCAAUUCUGUGUUCCUUGAGCCAAUAUGAUGGUAUUUGGACCAAUAGGAUCCUACAAGGCCUUCUGACCAACGCUGACCUCCAAACAAAACAAGUUGAGGAGUUCCUUGUGCUGGAAGGGAGGGUCCUGCUGCAGAUGAGAGUGAAGCAGCUCAUGAAGGAAAACCAGUUUGUGAAAGCUGCUUUUCUGGCAAAGACCUGCGCCGAUUAUUCCGCCUUCCAAGGAAAGGGAACUUUCAAGCAGAUGUACCUGGUUUCUCUCUGUAAAACUUCAGAACAGAAUCGGCUCAUGGCUGAGCUUUCAAAGGAAGACUGCCAUGAUGCAAUAGAUAUGAUCUGCAACCUGGAGUCAGAUGGAGAUGACAGUGGAGCUUUCGGUUUAUGUUCAGCCUUCUUGACUCGUCAGCUUCUCCAAGGAGACGCAUACUGUGCCUGGGAGCUCACUCUGCUUUGGAGUAAGCUUUUGAGAAGGUUGGAGCCAUCGGAGCAGAUUUUCUUGGACAGAUGCCACCAAAUGUCUCUGCUAUCCACAUCAGCGUACCACAUCCUGUUUCUCAUUAAGGUCAUCCAGUCAGAGAUUGACCAGAAUGGUCUCCAAAUGUGCAUUGAGAUGUGCAUACGGGCCCUACAGAUAAAACCAGACGAUGGAAAAACGAAAGCUACUUGGUCUUUUGACCCAGAGUUCUGGGACUGGAAGACACUAAAGCGUCACUGCCUGGAGCUAAUGGGAGAAGAGGCAUCAAUAGUGUCGUCCAUUGACUCUUUAAAUGAUGCUGAGAAACAAGAGGAAGGUUGCACGACCUUCACCAUCCAGCACAAUCUGAUCCUCCACUACCGGGCUGUGCAUCAGUCUGCUUUUUCCGCCCUGGAGGUGAACAAAGAGCUGAACACGAGCGAAGGACUGGAUCAAAUGAUGGACCAUGAAGAACAGCAGCCAGAGUUCCCUCAAAUCUUUGAGUUCAGGAGUGAUGACUCCAAAUCAGAUUACACCUCUGAUGCGUCGGACAAUGAUAUGGCGGCACCUUCCUGUCUGGGAGGAGGGCGAGGGGAAAAGUCCCAGCCUGUUCUGCGUCGCCGGGGCCCAGCCGGAGCAUCGGGUCUAUUGUUCGACAAGAAAUUACCCAACGACGGAAGCUCCAAUAGCUCUGUGCCCCUAAAACGAAAACGUGGACGCCCACGAAAACUCAUUGAAAAAAUAGUCAAGAGAAAGAAAACUUUGCAUGUGACCAAGACUGAGAUAGUUUACGGCAGGGAGGCUGAAUCCCAGUCAUCUUUCUCCACACACACGGAGCAGUGCGCCUCUUUUAAACCCAUGGGAUUUGAAAUGUCCUUCUUAAAGUUUCUGGAACAGUCAUCUGAAUACAAUGUGACGAGGACAGUAACCAGGCCAGAAAAGGGAGAGAUCCGAGCUGGCCCCGGCACCAGAGCCUCCUGUGUGAAGUUUAGCAACCGCCAGAACUUGAAAUCUCUGAGUAACGUUAGAAUAAAGCUCGAUGCAGCCUUUUCCGAGAUGAGCCACCCAAUGCUGAGACAGCUGCAGGACAUGCGGCCGGCGGUCAUAUUGGAACAGUUUGACUGA